GUCACUUACUUAGCGGAUCUUUCUUCCUGUGGAACACCAUGCCGGCCAAGCCAGCACCUAUUAAAAAAGGAGUCAAGGCGGUGAAAAAGGAGGAGCCAGCACCGCCUCCCGUACCCGAACCUGCACCCGAGGCUCCACCCGCCGAGCCCGCACCUCCAGCUGAACCCGCUCCGGCACCCGAGGCUCCUCCAGCUGAGGAGCCCAAGGAAGUUCCACCUGUUGAGGAGGUCAAAGCUCCUACACCCCCUCCUCCUGCAGAGCCCACCAGUGAGCCACAGGAACUGGUUGUGGAAGAUGUCAACGAUACUUCAGUCACUAUCACGUGGAGCCCUCCUGCCACCAUUGGGCUUGCUGGCUUGGAUGGAUACACUGUGGAAUGCAGCAAAGAAGGAACUGGUGAUUGGAAGGCUGUGAAUGAGGAGCUGACUAAAUCCUGCCGAUAUGUCAUUAAGAACCAGACUACAGGAGACCGUCUCAACAUCAGGGUUGUGGCUGUGAACGCUGGUGGCCGAAGCAACCCCGCAACUUUACCUGAUGUUGUCCUGAUCAGAGAAGUUGUCGAUCGUCCCAAGAUCCGCCUGCCACGCUUCCUGAGGCAGCGUUAUGUGGUAAAAGUUGGACAAAAGAUCAAUCUUGUCAUCCCCUUCAGUGGCAAACCCCAGCCUGCAAUCAGCUGGACAAAGGACGGAGAGCCCAUCGACACCAAGAAAGUAAACAUCCGCAACAGUGACAAGGACAGCAUCUUUUUUAUCCGUGCCUCCGAAAGAGCUGACUCCGGUGUCUAUGAGAUGUGUGUGAAAGUGGACAGCUUUGAAGACAAAGCCCAGCUGACUCUGCAGAUUAUCGAACUACCAGGUCCACCAGCAACUGUAAAGAUUGUGGAUUCCUGGGGUUUCAAUGUGGCUUUGGAAUGGACCGAGCCAAGGGAUAACGGAAACACAACUAUCACUGGAUACACAGUCCAGAAGGCUGAUAAAAAGACUGGGGACUGGUUCACAGUGCUGGAACACUAUCACAGGCUGAAUGCCACCAUCUCAGAUCUGAUCAUGGGAAAUACUUACAGUUUCAGGGUCUUCACUGAAAAUAAAUGUGGAAUCAGCAACGAUGCCACCAUUACAAAAGCUAGUGCCACAAUACAGAAGACAGGCAUUGAGUAUAAGCCACCAGAGUACAAGGAACAUAACUUCAGUGAGGCCCCCAAGUUCACCACUUCUAUGUCAGAUCGCAGCACCACUGUGGGCUACUCCACCAAGCUGCUCUGCUCUGUCAGAGGAUUCCCCAGGCCCAAGAUCCAGUGGAUGAAAAACCAAAUGAUCAUUGGCGAUGACCCCAAGUACAGGCAGAUUAACAACCAGGGUAUUUGCUCUCUGGAGAUCCGCAAGCCCGGUAACUUUGACGGUGGUGUGUACACCUGCAAAGCCAUCAAUGACCAUGGACAGGCUAUUGUCACCUGCAAGCUGGAGGUCAAACAGGCGGUUGUUCCAGAUGCUGACAAGAAAUAAGGUGUAAAGCCACUUUCAUGUAGGAUUUUGAAGACACGGGUUGCUGAUGAACUGUACAUAUAAUGGAAAAAUAAAACAAUUUUUAGAAUUUUAUCAUCUUUUUCCUGUGUAACACUUCAACUUACAAUUAAAGCACACCUAAUGUAUAAGUAUACCAUCGACUGUCGUCAGAUGAUCUAUUUAUUUGUUUCUUAUGUGUAUUUCUUCCAAUGUCUGGACUAUCCUUAUAUUUGAAGGCUGAUCACAUUGUCACCAGUUCUAUAUGAUCAUCUGCAAAAACAUGGGAAAAUUUUCAAUGUUUGUUAAAAUAAAUGAAUGACUUUGA